AUGCAGUUCCGGAGUUCUGCGCAACCUCAGACCAUCUAUAGUAGGAUAGGCUUUCCCAUAUGGGCAGCUUUAUCUUUUAUCUUUUCUGAAUCAGUGACAGUCGUGUCUGCAAAGAAGCGAACAAAAGCUCUGCUGAGAGGAAACGUGAGAGCUAACACUCUUAGCACAACUGUUUCCGACGUGUUGGACGUUCCAAACAGUUGGAAAUGUCUUCUUCUCUCCAACAACUUAAUAAAAAUCAUCUUCCUGGACUGUAACAGAGAUUUAUGUCCUGGUAUAAAAUCAGUUACAACUGGUCUCAUGGUUAUACUCAUAAUACUAAACUGUCUGCAAUUUUCAAUUACGCUUUCCCUGUCCAUACUCACCUAUAAUGAAGAUGGGGAGAGAACUGAUCAGCCCACAAGUAGGCAGUCCACACCUCGUAGUGUAACUUGA